GGUGGACGGCCCAGAUGCUCUCCACGGCCGCGAACCGCACGACGGCACGAGAGGAGAGACAGACAGAGAGAGCGAGCGACUGAGACCGACAGGGUUCGGUUCGACCCGAUGCUUCCGGCGCUGCGGCCUCGCCGCCGGCUCCCGGUGGCAUCCCUCCUCCGCCGCCUCCUCUCCGACUCCACCCCCUCCUCCUCUGGCACUGGAGAGAGUGAUCUGAUGGCCGCGGCCGCAGCGAAGGCCCGGGCGGAGGCGGCAGCGCGGGCUCGGGUGGAGGCGUACAAGCAAGUCCAAAACUUCGACUGGAGCAGCGGCGCCGACUGGAAGACCGCCGCCAACAUCCUCUUCACGGUGCCCCCUAAGCGCAAGGAGUUCGGGCUUGAUUUCCACCUUGUGCAGCUCUUCUUUGUCUGCAUGCCAUCGCUAGCUGUCUAUUUAGUGGCCCAAUAUGCACGGAGGGAGAUCAAAAGGAUGGAAGGGGAAGCAGAAGAGAAAAGGAAAAAAGACGAGGAACUUGAGAAACAAAAACAGGUCGAGGAAGAAUCUGCCAAGGAGGAUGCUGAUUCAAAGCUUUCGAAGGUAUUAGACAGGCUAGAUACACUAGAGGGUGUCGUUAAGGAGAUUGUGGAUGACAAAAGGAAACUUUCUUCCCCUGAUUUACCGACCAAAGAGGAGGUUGCAAAGAAAAAUGAAGCAUCUCCGGCUAAGGCUUCUGAUUCGAGAAGCUAUGGUCAGCCAGUGGUGGCUGCCAAUAGUAAGGACACCAACUAUGCUUCAAAUGCUCCAGCAAAUACUGCAAAACCAAACAAUAAGGGGAUUGGUGAUAAGGCAUUUCCAGUUGAGUCCGAAAGUUGAUAAAUCAUUUGAGUUUUUUUCUUCUGAAAACACAAAAUUGGUGUUUAGCUAUGUAGUCGUGUCCUCGAUGCUAAGCGAAUGAAAAGAUGUAAUUUCCACACCUUAGGAUAUGAUGCGUCUUAGGAAAAAAAAUACAGUGAGCUAACGUUUUGUACUACAUAGCCCCUUCGAUAGUUGAGGCUGUGAUCUUGGAUAAUGAUUACCACAAAAUCUUUCUGCUUACUA